AUGUCCCGAUUUCUCCCACAGGUCCUACCAGAAACCCUCAGUGAAUGCUCCAAACUCAUGAGUGUUGACUUCUCGCGUAACGCCCUCACUAGCUUGCCAACAGACUUGAACAAACUCACCAACUUACACCGAUUGAAUGUUUGUGAUAAUAACCUUACUGAGAUCCCCUCGACACUGGGGGAGUGUCGCAAACUUCGAGAAUGCCUUCUAGAACGCAAUCCACUCAAAGACAAUCGGCUAAAGAAGAUGGCCUCUGACCCGCGCUCGAGCCUCGCCCUAAUAGCCUACCUUGGCAAGAAAGGCAAGUCAACCUCAGCAAAGGGAACACGCAGCAUCUCCAGAACACCGCGUCGUGACUUGAAGCCACAGGAUUUGAAACCCAGCCAUCUCAGCCUUAUAGAACUGGACACAGGGAUGAACCAUGACGUGAGUAUUGUUUCCCCCCAUGUCGCAUGCACUUACGGCAAGUUUGCGUCUCCUGCUUGUUAAGAUUACGGGCCUCGCCCGUCCGCUCGCCAUCUCCCCCAAUUCCCUCUCCCUCCAUUUACGGCAAAACCGUCACAAGCUCCCGCCAAAAGCGGUUAUCUGGAGACAACUCGGAAUUUAUAGCAUAUAUGGUCACGGCUUGUUAUUCAAAAGUGAUGUCAAUCGUUUUCGAAAGAGCCGAUAGCUCAUUAACCCUCCACGUACUGUACGUCAGACACAAUCCUGAAACUUUCAAUGGACGUGCCGAUGGAGUGGACGGAGGUGACCACUUUCGAAUCCACUUCUCAGCAAGUCCGCACCACGCGAUCGAUAUUCGACGAGUCGCGAUUUAACCAGAUUUUGGACGAUUGAGGAACGAUGAUUCUUACGAGUUGGUUGGACUUACCGACGGCCACUGACGCCUGACGAAGUGACUUCCUGUCCAGUAAAAUCUAAGAUGAGAACUAUUUAACGCGUCCUGAGGACGGCAUCGGUUGGUCUUAUUUAGGUUGUGGGACGGGAUACAAUCUCUUGAACGGGCAGAACGAUUAAUCUGUAUUCUGUCCUAGACGUAAUUUUAUUUCCGAUUGCACAUAACGCGUGGACCAACUCGGAAAAAUUGCUGUGAAAUUCCACGAUUUGUGUAACUCUUUGCAUAGCCUGUGGCGACUAAUCAUAGGAGUUAGCGAAUUGCACCGUUUGGGUCUUUUAAACUUAGUUGGGAAAUGAACAAAUACUUUAUUAAGGCAAAUGAAAUGAGAAUUACGAGUAUCAUUUUGAAAUUCUUGACAUAGCCCACGCGAUACUGUUUCUCCAAAUUGUCGCUCUCAAUUGCAUUCUGGAGGCGGCCUUUCCUCGUUUAUGGACAAUUAAUAAUUUGAACAAGACAAAGGUGACAAAAUAUGCAGGAUUCAAUAACGUCACAAAAUUUAGUGACCUCUUUAUCUGCACACGGUCCUUAUAUAUUGAUGUAAUUAGCUGUUCAUUGAGAUCACGUCCUGGUAGCUCAAGUGUUAUAGGUAAAUAAAAAUAGAAAAUACGAGGUGGCAGGCAAGCGUUGCUUUCGACAACUUCUCUUUAGGCCGGUACAGUUGAAAAAAUCAGUAACCAUACUCUGUAAAAAAUGGCUACGUUAGUUGCAUGCAUUUUCCUCGUCGAUUUUCGAUGCCCUUAAAAAUUCAAUUAUAUUCCAUAUUCCAUAUUCAGUAGAAUAUGACGUCUUCUUUCAAUUUUAUACCCGGAGAAGGGGUAUAAUUCGCUUUUCAAAAACUCCCAGUUUCCGAAUAAUUUUGAACCUGACCUUGCAUUCAGGGUUUCCAAACUACAAGCCGUAUAUUUUCCGCGUACGUAAAACCAUGCAUUUCCCUACGGUUUUAUGGGGUGACUUUAUGGGGUUCAUAAAAUUCAGCAGUAGAUUUGAGCCAUACUGUUAACUUUACAAGCCACAUUGGUAAAUGCAGAGACAUGACGUUUUAUGAACGGCCAUUUUACGAUAUGAAAAUAAUCUCAGAUUUAGGAACUUUUUUAAAACCGAAUUAUGCUCUUUCUUCGAGUAUAAAAUUGGAGGAAGACGUCAUUUUCGACCGAAUGAGCUAGAGAGUGAAUAUUUUUAUCCAUGUUUUCCCUGAAGUAUAAUUGAAUUUUUAAGGGCAUCCAAAAUCGGUGAGAAAAUGCAUGCUACCUAAGUAGUCAUUUUUUGCAGAGUAUAUUUUUUCAUGCAGCUGGAAAGAAGUUCGUUCGAAAGCCGACAUCCUGAAGUAACUGAAUUAUUAUGGAAUUGUGUUGCAACCCUGCUUAAUUCAUCGUUUCCUGACUAAAACACAUUUCGGAAUUUCUGUUGACAUUUCAUUAGUUAGCUCACCAAUCAAAUAAGUAUACAUUGUAUGGAAUAUAGUUCAGCGGCGUUCUUAUUCCUGUUUUCAGUUAGUAGUUUGUUUCCUGGUGCUUUUAUUCAUAGUAAACCUCCGUCGCUUCCUCAAAUUUACACUCAAUUGCCACCUGAUCUUUCCUAUUCUCUCUGGAAUGUCAUCUCACCGUCUGUGCGUAUUUCCUCUGAACUUCUUUCGCAUUAAACUAUCUUAGACAGUUUACUCGAAUAACAAUUUUAUCCGGACUGAAGAGUACUUUGAAAGACAGAUUACAUUUAUAAGUUGAACAUUAACUCAAAUGCAGUGUAUGCUCAUAGAAUUUGCCAAUGCGGCCUGCAGUUCGAUAAUAUAUAGGACAUUUACUGCCAUUAUUUGAGUCCCAGCAUUUGAACUUUCUGGACUUCGUUAAGCUUGAAUUAUUUAAUUAAUCCAUCGAUUUUUUGGGAGCUCGUUGUACCUUUCCGUCCGUUUCAUGCAGGCCUACACCAUUCGCGUAAUUGACCCAGAGAGCGUACGCGCCAGCCUUCGACCACGCAUCUUCGCAUGCACUGUGGCUGGUGUCAUUUUCCGGGAUGAAACGGUUCUCAAGGACUUCCUCCGCUUCCAGGUGAAAUUACACAACGAUCUGGGCCAACAACGCCGAGUAGCCACUCUGUGCACCCACGAUGAGGCUUUUGUCCGUCUACCUCUCACCUACUCCAUAAAUCCGGUAGACUCCAUUUCGGUGAGUAUAUUUUCUGCUGGUUCUUCCCUCCCUUUCGUGGAAGUUAGGACAAAAUGCUUGUCAAGCGUCUCUCACCCUUGUUACCUUAUUCCCAAUAAUUUUGUCGAAUACCUUCGAGGAAGAUAUUGGACUGAGUCUUCAAGACAUCGUGUCUUAGAGUCGUGCUAUUCCGUUGAUAGAUCAGGCUUCACUUAUCUUUUCCAUCGUCAGUGUCUACCCAGAUAGCAUCCUCCGGGUUCCCUACUCGGCUUCGGUGGACACGCCGUUGCUGCAGACCCUACUUUAGAUCACAUAGUGACUAGACCUCCCAAAUAAGGGACUUCAUUGUCUUAUUUCGGCGUAGUCUUCAACCAAGGUCAGCAUUCUCUCAGUUACCUAAGACCUAGUUGGACAUCUCUUUAUGUGGGCGUGCUUUUUACGAGAGCUUCACGUAUUUUACUAAAGCUCCCUUGUUCUCCGCUAAGUAUGAAGAAUUGUAAGUCACGACUGACAGUACACCUCUGCCCUUUAUUUCGCCAAUGAGCCGUUAGUGGUAAGUCUUGUCCAGUUUCCGUUUCUUUCGUCUAUUGGCGAUUGUCUUUUGCGCGUCGCUAUUCGACGAAUAAAUUGAUCCUUUUAUUUCACAGAAAGUAACGACAACAUCGCAGAUUUUAGCUUACUCAUACGAGCUCCAUUUUCCGAGCUUCUGCGCCUAUCCAGUCGGAUUUAACGAGCCAAAAAUGACUUAUCGGUCCAAGUUUAGUUCUUUUACCAUUUCUCAUGUGAUUUUGCAUUGUUUCCCUUUGAUGGCUACCUUCUUUUGCCCCCGUCAGACUCUUCUCACACGUCAAUUGAGAAAGUUUUUGAACAACGAGACCGAUCGCCCGUUGAUCGCUGUGGUGCUGUCUCCACCCCCGGCCUUGCCUAUUCCUCAUUCUUGGACCAUCAAUGCUGAUGACGAUUAAACCAGACAGAGUCAUUAGAUCGGAGAUACUAAAGUCAAAUCAUAACAUCACACACAGGGUGAACCCAAUGAAGAUGAAACUUUUCCUACGUAGAUGCCGACUUUUCUAGCAUUAAAAAACUGAACUUCAUUUUUUUUGCCAAAUGAAUAACCGUCAAGCCUGUGUCACCUUUACUGUAACCAAUCUUGUCCCGUAGCAACAGCGACGCAUUUCAAAAUAACUCCCCCUUUAAACCGUAAGCCACAACAGCCUCUUCAACUGAGGCAUCAUCACGUUUUAUAGUCAUUUGCGACGCCGCCUGUUGAACAGAUGUGCCCACGUCCUGUUUCUCCAGUUCGUUGCCUUUUAUUCGCGUGUGAGAAAGGUAUGCAAGUAUUGUUUCGUCAGUGAGUUCCGUCAUUUUUCGUUUUUUUGAGAUGCGCAUACUUCCCGUGGUCCGAUCUCAUUUAGAGGAAUCUCCUCUGUUCAGCGGCUCUCUUGUCUACCAAUCAACACACCCUGUCUAAUAUUCUUUUCAGUAGGGUCUAAUUGACGUGUCUUUUGCACAUUAUUGAUUUUGUUUAGCCUCAUAAUCAUUUUUCCUCCCAGUGAUCUUUGAGAACGUGGCUGUAUGAUAAAUUGAUUCAGAUAGAGUACCUCAACAACUGUGUCAGGGGAUGCAUUUUAACCGUCGUAAUCAGAUUCCUAUGCCCCUUUGACAGUAGAAAAAGUAGGGCACGGAAAUAUGGGACACCAUGCAUUUCAGGCUGCCGUGUGUUUAACGCCAUGUGGGUCAGGGUUACGUGGGCUAGGGCUGGUGUUAAAGUUAGGACACGGGACUAGGUAGCCCCCUGGAAUUCGGCGUACGAUCACCUGUAGUUCAGGAGAAGUCCAUUUCCCAUACAAAUAGUAGACACCAAUUGCAGAGAAUGGAUUAUGUGGAAUGACAUGGGUGCCGUCCGCCCGACCACGCAGCGCGCCUGCUCAAUCAAAUACAGUAGCUGGCCUAUUUCAUGAAAUGUUGACUGAAAUUCUAAAAUUUGUUCUCGACUAGAAGGGAUUACUUUGGUGGUGUUGUAAUAUUGACUGUCGUUCAGCAUAGUCCCAAGGAACUUCUGUCAAGCCUAGAUGCCGGCCUUUGAAUGCGCCCCUGCCCGGCUGCCGGCAAAAACAACACGCGGCGAAAAUGACUUCCUUGGUGGUGUGCAUUUUUCUCAUUGAUUUUGGAUGCCCCUGUAUAUUCAAAUAUGUUCAGUAGAAGACAUGCACAAAAAUAUUCUCUUUUACGCAUCUAAUGGCAAACUACGUCUUCUUAAAACUUGAUACUUGCAGAAAGUGUAUCCUUCGGUACUAAAAAACCUUUUCAAUCCCCGGAUAACUUUGAACCUGGACAGCACUUUCGCUGCGCCUAGGGCUUCCGAACUACAUGCUGCAUACUUUCUGUGUAAGGUAGUGCAUGCACUCCCCUACGCUAUUAAGAAGGCGUAAUAUAAAGCUCAUAAGCUUUUUCAAUGGAUACGGACCAUGUCGUAUGCUUUACAAGCAGCAUUAAUAAACAUGCGUCUGCAAAUAAUACGGACUGCGGACCAUCUAAAGCCGUAAGAUAGGCCAGGUACUGUAUGCGGUAGGGCGGGGGCUCAAUCCAUGAGACCAUAUGACUGUCAGCGGUGAAAAAUUGACCGGUCACUUGUGCGUCAACGCCUGCGGUUAUCGGAUCCGUAGUAAUCCGUCCAUGGCGCAUUCGCCUGAGUUGGGCGAUCGAAUGCAUCGCCAUGGCUGUCAGGUCCACACGUUUGGUGUCCCUGCCCACCAGAUGCCGCCCUCACGACUCUUCGUCCCAGUGAUUAAUCUCCUCCACCCCCCCCCCCCCGGUCCCUUUCAGAUUCAUGCUCUGAACAUGGGCAAACCGAAGACCGCUCGCGACCUUCUUCUGCGUCUUCAGCUCGAGGCGGAAUCAGAGAGGAAACGGCGCAAGCUAACGCAGUUUAGCAGCCUCCAGCGCUACCUUGAGUUGAUAUCGCCUUCAUUGGGUCCGGGCAAGGAUAGCAUUGCCGCCGCACACAGCGUCCUCCCGCCUCUACCGGUGACUGUGGAUUCUGCGCACACGACGCUCUCUCUGCACCCUAUCACUAGUUGCCAUGAGACUCGUGUGAGUUUCUUCUGCAGUGUUUCUUGAUAACUCCUUUUGAUUCCCAGCGAGCUUAUUAAUAUCCAAAUAACGCUCAGAUUUUCGAAUAUGGAUUAAUUUAGGCUAAAAGGUUUACCAGCAGGCAGAACAGAGGGCACUCAGGGCCAUUAUUGUCCUAUUCGGGGUCAUCUUGUCGAUACAAAAGCCCCAAGGUAGGAGUGCUCUGGAUCAAACCUAUUAUGUAGUCGCACUCGCUGGCCUUUGUUGCUUCAGACUGACGUAAUAAUAUGUAGAGGACCAUCGGACAACCGGAACAAGUUCAGUAAUUUCGUGCGUUCGAAUGUCCCCACCUGCCUGGUUCAAGUCUUUUUGGGUGUUAAGUGGAAUCAACCUGAUCCCUUCUGUUGAAAUCAGACACGUACUUGGCAUCUUCUAGUCAUCUAGAUGUUGAAAGCUCCCUACCCUGUAGCAUUUUCAAGGCGACUGAAACCAUGUUGAUGAAAACGACGAGCAAUCACUAACCCAACAACUGUUGACGCCAAAGACUAUGAAGACUUUCAUAGACAUUUCUGAUAUACAUGCUGUCAUCUACCAACAGUAUUAAGAUCCCAGGCUGAUAAUACCUCACGUUUAACCCGACCCAGUCGCUUCUUGUAUACUCGAGUCAGGGGAUCAGUUUGAAUCACGGUCCCUCGUCUUGUCGGCUGCGAUUGGAUAUAUCCACAGUUACAUGUAUUUCACCUUACCCUCCCCACGUUUUCCCUACAGUUUUUCGGAGUCCACUGGAGGAGGGUUAUGGCACGAUUUCGUUCGUGACUAGCGGGGCGAUUGACUUUAAAACGGAGUAUGCGUCUAAUGCCCAUCGCCUCAUUAUAAACUGCCUUCCCUAUCUUCACACAUCCUUCGUGUGUCAUUUGCAUCGGGAUUACACAGUGAUUGUUGGUUAAACGUGCAAUUUGUUAGGGGUGAAUAUGUUCAAUAAUGUAUAGUGGAACUGACGAUCCAUCCUUUUGAUCACGGCGAAUGUGGCCUCAACAUAUCUGACUCAGAAUUUUGAGGACCGCUAUUUUGGUCCCUCGCCGAACCGCUCCCACAGUCAGUCCGGACAGAGGCUAAACCAUCGGUGUUCCCCUCCUUUUACUCUUUAACUUGGCCGUCGGACGUGAAGAAAGUCUUGGGGCACAGUCCCGAGAACUGUGUGACAUGUGUCCACUUUGGCUACGUAAACUUCAUAUUUUUAUCGAAAGUCGUCAGUAGUGUUGAUAGCGACGCUUGGUAGGGUGAGAGUAACUAAAGAGAACACCAAACGUCGCUUCAUCUGCCUCGUACUUCUAGGUGCCGUCCUCGCCACUCACCUCAAAGCGGAGUCAUUAGACACGAUGGCAUACAUUUACAGUCCACCCAAAUUACAUAAACCGGGAGUGAGCCUACGCCCCAUCAUCUCACGUGCUACUCCAGCCUUUGGGUUGUCAAAGUGGCUUCAUCAACGUCUUUGUUUUCUCACCAAGGAUUCGAUUAAGCCGACUGUGCAGUUUCUGACACAUAUCAGACGUCUGGACCUGCACGACCGGCAUCAUAAAACUAACUGGCUUUACCCUCCGAUUAGUGGAAUCGCGAAUUACAGCCACCUGCCAGGCUGCAAGGUGACUGACUAUUCAGCGUACUGGUAAGGCCUAACUAGCUGCUGUCUCUGUUUAUGUCGGUCAAAAGCCCACUAUACGCUUUUGCAUAUUUGAGAUUCCGGGAGAGGAGCAAAACCUUCUCUUCUCACUUAAUAUCUGCAACGCAAACUAUCACCAGAUUUAAUGUUACGUACUGGCAAAAGGAUGUCUGGCCGGCAACCCACUGCUUUUUGUGCGCAUUUAUGACAGCAGCCGUAGUGACCGUUAUCAAGCUGGAAUUUUGUCGCUUUUAGUGCCUGCAUCGACCCUGUAGAUGGCUGUUUACUUUAGGACUCAGUAUACUUCCUCUAAUUUUCAGACUACUACGCCUGUUUUUUAGCAUUGGACAAUAACCUUCCUGAUUAACAUCGAUUUUGCCUGUCUUGCAUGUGCAGGAUGGAGGGCUUUGUGGGCCUCAGCUUGAUUUGCGUGUCUAGAGGCAUGUUGAGACGGUCGAGUUUUUAGCACUUUUGGACUUCUUAUUACGGUCCUUAAUUGUUUAUUAAACCUUUUUCUUCGGUUGAGGUCUGAAAAAUACACGUCAGAAACGUGUGCCUUUUUCGUGAGCAUUUGCACAAGUGAGUUAAGCUGGGUGUAACUGCUGGCAUUUUUUUCAUUAUUUAGGAAUAUUCGUAUGAUACGCAAAGCCUUGAUGUGGUGGUCUGCGCGGCUUCAUUUUCCAAUUGGUGCAUCGAUGUUAAUUGGCACAUUUUUGAUUACGCACUUUUUUUAACUAAAAAACUUGUACUCUUAAGUCCUUGUAAAAAAGCAGACUAUAUUCUGUCCCGCACCCUCUCAGUCACCGUCUGGCAUUUGGCAAAAGAAGAUAGGUUGCCGUUUAUAAUACGCGUACAAUAUGCUCAACCGACUCUGAAAGUGCCAAUAGUCCUGCCACAAGUUCAAUGCAAGACGGAUUCCAGCGUAUGACGUCACUGUGAAAGCCUUCCCGUCAAACCUGGCCUUCAGCCCCCACUCGUGGACCACAUUUUUAAUGUAGAACUGCACCCUCAACGAGGGUACCUCCUGGUGGGAUUGGUGUAAAGGGCCACCAUCGUAGAUAUUUCUCUCAAACAGUCCCCCGGUUUGAAGGGGAUCCCCUCCGCGAAGUUACCUCCGAGUGGGAGCCGUAACAGCCAACCAAGUGUACGGAUGUGGUUAUAUACGACUGGGAGCAGAUGCUGGGCUGGGCUGCGUUUGCGAGAAGCGAACGCAAUGCCAACGGGACGAUUACUUAUUGUUCGGCCAACAAUUCUGGGACCGAAUGGUACUGGUCGACAAUACUGUGAACUCUGGGGCUGGUCAAACCUGUAUGGGUGCCAGCCGUUGCAAGUACAAGAUGCAUUAGAUGCCACUCCAGAAGUUCGCCGCGGUAUUUUCUCUGAUUUCUGGAUCGCCGAAGCAAUAAGUUGAAUGUGAAUGUAUAUGUCUGGUGGAGUUCAAACUUGUGAAAUUUUUAGAACUCUAGAUCACCCUCGGUGGGUUUGUUGUGACCGUGACGGACCUCCUUCCGGGUUAUCUCUCCCGAAGCCUGCAUGUGACACAAAAAAUGGGGGACCCUGUCUAACUUUGUGAACCUUUCUGUUUGUGUUGUUUAUCUGUCUGCGCCCAGCCUGCUGCGACUUGCCCUUUUAUAACCCACCCGCCGCAACAGCAGGAUCGAGGUGCCAUCUUAACUGUCCCUUAAUUAUCGCCCUCGUUUCAGUUGACCCUCAAUACGUCAACUGUCCUCCUGGAAGUGGCUGGAACGGACGCCGAGGUCUGUAAGCGCAUCCUUCGCGCUCUCAUCGGCUGGUUGAUUAAGUACGCCUCCUCUGCUUCCUCCGACAACGGUAGUG